GAAAAAUCAACCGGCAACGCCAAGUGUUGUUUUUGGGGUCUUUUUUAACCAAAGCCAAAAGGUUAUUUUGAUAGCAAUAUAAGCCUGUGCACUGGAUCAUGUCGACAGACUAUUCUUCCCAUCGGCUCCAGUUGACCCUGUUUUUAUGGUUUUUUUUAUUCUUCCUUGUUAUCCAUUUUCUAUUACUGUGCAGUUCAUUGGUGUGCAUAUAGACUCGGACCACAACAUUUAUUAACUCUGGUGUUUUAUCAUUUUAUUUUGGUCAGUGUUAGUUCAACACCUAUGAGUGAUUUAACAGCAUACUCGUUGUAAAUUUACAUUCUCUCUUUGGUGCUAUGUUCAAUCCUGAGAGUGCAAUAUUAACAUCAGGGUGUGGUCCUCCAGUAGCCAGUUUUAACACCCCACAUUGACUUUCUGCACCUUAACCAGGCUCCGUCUUUCAAAUCACUAUCUCGACUUCAAGCAAUCGAUCUCCCGUAAUUUAUGUCAUACAGAUCGAAAUUUUAAGUCGACAACACCAUGGAUUAUUUCGAAACGUCGACGCAGAUGCUAUCUGAUGAGGGAAUGUUUUCUGAAGACGUUACCAUGGUAACGGGGACGGAUAACUGGACGACCACCGAUCAAUACCUUCCUCCGCCACCGCCUACUUACAUUGCAGCCUUGAAAAAAGCAAACAAGUAUACUCUGAUCACAAUCCUUAUCGUCCUCAUGCUAGCAAUGGGCUGCGUGGUAAAACCAAGCGAUUUUAAAGAAGUGUUACGCGUGCCAAAGAGUGUACUGAUCGGGAUGUUAUGCCAAUUCGUCUUGAUGCCACUGUCUGCUUUCUGCCUUGCUCUCGCCCUGUCCUUACCGGCGCCCAUGGCGUUAGGGGUACUCGUCAUGUCGUGUUGCCCCGGAGGAACCGUCUCCAACCUCUUCACCUUCUGGACAAAGGGAGAUGUAUGUCUAAGCAUCACAAUGACGACCAUCUCGACGAUAGCUGCCAUUGGGCUCAUGCCUCUGAACCUGUUCAUCUACAGCCGCAGAUGGACCGAUGACAAUGCCGUCAUCCCCUUCGUCAGCAUCAUCACCGCUUUGGUGUCCAUCGUGAUCCCAGUAACGAUUGGGAUGAUCAUCCGAUGGAAGAGAAUAGAGUGGACUUCGUUCAUUUCAAAGGUUGGGAGCAUCCUAGGCCUUCUGGGAAUAGCCAUAACCAUCACCCUCACGGCAAUCAUCAACCCCGGGAUGUACUCCGUCUCCUGGCAAGUUUGGAUCUGCGUCCUCACCCUCCCUGCCUUGGGCGCCACCCUCGGUUAUCUCCUCUCCUGGGCCCUACGCCGCCCGCCCGCACACUGUCGUACCAUCGCUUACGAGACGGGUCUCCAGAACGUCUCCCUGGCCCUGACCCUGAUCGUCCUGACGUUCGAAGGAUCACCCAUCAUGUUUCAAGUCUUCACAUACCCGUCCCUCUACGGCCCCGUCAUGAUGGUAGAAGGACUCCUCGGGGUCGUGGUCUACAAGAUCGUGGUGAGACGUACCGGCGGCCACGAAGGCGGACCCGUCGCCGACAACGGUUGGAUGAAGAAGGACAUCAACUCCGAAGACGCAUGCUCUGCCCUCGAUUCCAAAAUCUAAUGCUAUUGUCACAACCAACGAAACCGACUCCAAACCAAUCCGAUGAUAUUGACCUGAUGACAUAUUAUGCUUAUCAUAGAAAGUAGUAUCCCAGAUACCAUAGUAUCUGGGGCCCAUAUGGGAAUCAUGUGGGCCUACUGGGGCCCAUGCGUACCAUGUAAAACCCAUAUGUGGCCCAUAUGGUUUGUCCCACCUAGAACCCAGAUAAUAAAAACCAUAUGGGCCCCAUAUGGUAUCUAUAUGGGCGAU